AUGCAAGUCAUGGAAUGUGGCUUCGCCAACUGUCUGAGGAACAUAAAGAAGGAGGUCGCCGCUCCUCGAUUCAGCUCUUGGUCAUUCUUCUCAUGUUCUGGACUACCGCAGACCAGACCUGAGCUCCCCAUUAAAAAUCCACUUCGGCUACACAAUGCCUCUGGAGUUGUUCUAGUUCCCCCGGACAAAGUCUCCGCUUCGAACCCAUGGUCCAAAAUUCCCUCCCAGACUUUCGGACCGUGA